UGAUUUUUCCUGACAUAUUGAAAAGGGAUUUAUGUAUUUAUAUAAUACAUAAUUGUAUAUAAAGUAUUUUGAAUAUUGUAUGGAAGAAUCGAAGUGAAAUGUAAACAUUUUGCCAGUCAGUUAUUGGUGAUACUCUCAAGUCUAGUUGUACGUGCAUGUGGAAGAUGGCUCACUGACUCAAAUCUGCCUUGCAUCAUUUUUUUUCUUAAUUUACUGAUCGUGGAGAGUGGUAUGUAGAUCGUUUAGUUACAGUAUUUGGUUGAAUCAGCGAUGCACGGCUGUGUGAUAUUGACUGACACAGGGCUUUCGGAAGGCAGCAGUGGAAGGACUCUUCCUGCUUCAGAGAUUUACAAGUGGGAAUUGAAAUAUGGUAGGUGAAGUACGAUUCGGAAGAUUAACGUUCUAUGCUGAGGAUUUAAGUGUCAGCACUAAUGGAACUGGGUGUAAACAGCUGUCCUCAGUGUCCUACAUUUACAUUUCCGUAUCAGUGUCUUGUGACUUUAGGAAAGUAUUACUUAGGAUUAGUGAAAGGUAACAUUCUGCUUAUAACUUUCGCUUUUGUUUCAAACUAAUUGAAACUGUUUAGAAGAAAACCUUGAAACUUCUGGACUGAUGCAAAUCAUGCGCCCCAGGGGACCUUUCCCUGCGCUCUGCUGGUCUCCAGACUCCUCCUCUCCUCCUACAAACGGUUUAGAAAAAAUAAGAGAGGAUCAAGAAGAGAACCUAUUGCACUGAAAUACAGUUAUCAAAAUACUGAACCAAACUGGUGAUAAAUUUCUUUACAUGCUUUUUAGUAGCUCACUUAGUAACAGAUUAAACACUGGCUCUAAUAAUUUCUUCUUGAGUAUAUGAUGCUAAUGCUUUGUGCAAAUACCUGCGGUUUCUGUUGGUGAAGAAGUCACAGGUGCUCUCCAGGAUUUCACGUCUGCCGGUGGAAUUGAGUGAGUGUUAACUUUCAGCCAGAUGUUAUUGCAAAUAAAGUUGUGAUUUUUUUUCUCAUUCAGGUUCACAGAGACCAAGUUAAGAACCUCUGCACUGGAAGGCUGUUUACUCUCAGCCCAUCCCUUAGUAGGAAUAUGUAUGUGCCUCCUUCUUCCUUCUUCACAUGCUUAUACUGAUGGCAAGGGUGACAGGAAGUAAAAACAGUGCAUGGAGGGAACCCAGAGCUUCACAGUAUGGGACACCGUUUGCUUUUGACUCAAGAUGAUUUGAUGUUUUAUAAAGAACUCACUCACCAUGAUGGCUACACAGACGUUGAGCAUAGACAGCUAUCAAGAUGGGCAACAAAUGCAAGUAGUAACAGAGUUAAAAACGGAGCAAGACCCCACCUGCUCUGAACCAGAUGUGGAAGGAGUGAGCCCUCCCCCUGUGGGGUCCCAGACCCCGAUGGACGCAGACAAGCAGGCCAUUUAUAGGCAUCCGCUGUUUCCACUAUUAGCUUUGUUGUUUGAAAAAUGUGAGCAGUCCACACAGGGCUCGGAAGGCACAACUUCUGCCAGCUUUGACGUGGACAUUGAGAGCUUCGUAAGGAGGCAAGAGAAGGAAGGAAAGCCCUUCUUUUGUGAGGAUCCAGAAACUGACAACUUAAUGGUAAAAGCAAUCCAGGUUCUGCGUAUUCAUCUUCUUGAGCUGGAAAAGGUUAAUGAACUCUGCAAAGAUUUCUGCAGUCGCUAUAUUGCUUGUCUAAAAACGAAAAUGAACAGUGAAACUCUCCUGAGCGGGGAACCUGGCAGCCCGUACUCCCCUGUCCAGUCCCAGCAGGUUCAAAGCGCCAUCACAGGCACUCUCAGCCCCCAAGGAAUCGUGGUACCAGCAUCCGCUCUGCAGCAGGGGAGCGUCACCAUGGCAACAGUGGCAGGGGGCACAGUCUAUCAGCCGGUCACAGUCGUCACUCCCCAAGGCCAGGUGGUGACACAGGCGCUGUCGCCCGGCACGAUCCGGAUCCAGAACUCCCAGCUUCAGUUACAGUUAAACCAGGAUCUCAGCAUCUUGCAUCAAGAUGACGGUUCAUCUAAGAACAAGAGGGGGGUCCUGCCGAAGCACGCCACCAAUGUGAUGAGGUCCUGGCUCUUCCAGCACAUCGGGCAUCCCUACCCGACAGAAGAUGAGAAAAAACAGAUUGCUGCUCAGACAAAUUUGACGCUACUCCAGGUGAACAACUGGUUCAUCAAUGCGAGAAGACGAAUCCUGCAGCCGAUGUUGGAUUCUAGUUGCUCAGAAACUCCAAAAACAAAGAAGAAAACUGCUCAGAACAGACCCGUCCAGAGGUUUUGGCCCGAUUCCAUCGCCUCAGGAGCCGCACAGCCAGCCGCCAGCGAGCUGACCGUGUCCGAAGGAGCCGUCGUGACCAUCACUGCGCCCGUGGGCAUGAACGUGGACAGCCUGCAGUCCCUGUCGUCGGACGGGGCCACGCUGGCGGUACAGCAGGUGAUGAUGGCCGAGCAGAGCGAGGACGACUCGGUGGACAGCACGGGGGACGGCGGGGCGGCGCUGGCGCCCGGCCACCUGGGCGGGCUGGUGCUGGAGAACAGCGACUCCCUGCAGUAGGGCCGCCCGCCCCGCGUUUUAUAGUUGGCACAGCAAACAUUUUACACAGUUUUAUUUCUAAUAUGUUUUAUAUGUAGGCAUAGAAGAGUGCACUUUUGUAUUUCCUAGUAAGCUUCCAGGGCGUCUUUGCUGGUGCAGCGACUUCUUUCAAGGUGUGUGUGUGCGUGUGUGUGCGUGCGUGUGUGUGUUUUUAAGGAAAUUCUUUCAAGGUUUAACGCUAAAAGUAUGAUGAAUGACAGACCCCCUCCCCCGCCCCCUGAACCCCCGACUAGAUUAAGGAAUAGUGCUGCCAUUUUCUAGAAAAUCAUGCAGUUUUAAUUUAGCUCUGUGGUGAAGGCAGGUCUCAGUGGGCUGGUUUAUUGACGGAGCCCGUGGAUUAGGAAGCAGCUUCUGGCCCUGAAAACUGCCGGUGUGAGGCGGAUGACAGCACACAGCAAUAAACCGCGUGCGACCUGGCGGCGAAUGUAUGGCGAGUUAAAUGUGGUUCCGUUCGCUCGUGUUCCGUGAGCCUGUGUCAUUUGCUGUAUGUGAAAAGAAACUCCUAUUUUUACCUUGCUGGAAUUAUUGGAUAAAAAGCUAUUUUUAUAAAUUCGUUAUGAAUUGGAUUAUGACUAUAUCGAGGAUAAAAUUUCUAGAGGAGAAACAG